AUGAAUUCGAAGGAACUCUUGUGUGUGGAUAAAGAGAAAGACCUUGGUGUUUGCGUCAGUGCCAACUUCAAUUGGGAUGUUCACAUCCACACAAUCACGGGUAAGGCUAACAAGAUGCUCAGGCUGCUUAAACGAACUUGCCCUCUUUUGAGAGACAAAACAGUACGAUGAACGCUGUAUCUCUCGCUUUUUAGAUCUCAGCUAUGUUACGCUAGUGAAGUCUGGUCUCCACACACUGUCAAACUCAAGUCUAGAGUCGAAAGCGUCCAAAGAAGAGCCACCGCGUGGAUACUACAAUCCAAGCAUGGUGAAAUGACAUACCAACAACGGCUAAUGAAUCUCAACCUGCUCCCCCUCUGCUAUGAAAGAGAGAUUUCUGAUCUGGUGUUCUUCUUCAAGGCUCUCUUUGGCAACACAGAUUUGGACGUUAACACCUUUGUCUCCUUUUCCAACAACAAUCAGACCCGACUCUGUCAAAUUCCCUCCCUCACCCUUAAAGUCCCCCUCUGUAAAUCCAACACAUUCAAAGCAUCCUAUUUCAACCAACUAGUUAAAAUAUGGAACUAUACCUGUAAAAUUCUACCUCCUACCACCUUCGCCACCCUCUCCUCGUUUAAAAGAAACAUUAGAAGCACAUAUGAACACUUGCUCGGGACAAUGUUCGACAUAGAAAUGCCAUGUACAUGGUCAUUAGUGCGUGACUGUCCAUGUCAUAGAACGUAGUAAAUAACUGCGUUUCAUGUUUGUGCUGUUUUUGUAUUGUAUUUUGUUCUAUUUUAUUGUUUUGUAUAGUUUUAGAAUGGUAAGUACCUUGCAUGGGACUUUAUGUCUCGUUCGUGCUUGAUAUUGUCCAUUUGAGUAUUUUACUUAUUUCUACAUAGAACUGUUGUGUUUAAAACGUUGUAGAAUUCUCAAUAAAAUUGUUAAAUCUUAUAGUUGUCCAAACGUUAUCAAAUAUCCAAGACAUCCUUCUUGACAUUUCGUGCAAAGGCUAUUUUCCUUUCUUUUUUCCUUUCUUCUGACAAAGGGCAUUUGCUGAAAACGUCGAGAUAUCAGUUAUGUUCUGUUUAGAUUGAGAGGCUUAACCUCCAUGGUUAAAGAUUUUCAGAUGUUAACUAAACUUUCCACAGUUAGUCAUCAUCUUUAAGAAAAAUGGCUGCCAGGUUGAAUAACUAAAUACAGUUAGUUAUUUUACUCUAUUCAUCGGUAGUUCAUUUAUCUAGUUGGUCUCUACCUCCACAGGCUUGACAUGCACAGAGGUAAACUUCACAGCUAAAGCUGGAUGUCAAAGAAUUGCGUCAGAACAUGGAGUUAUUGUUGUUGCUCCUGAUACCAGUCCUCGUAAGUGAUGGGUAUCUAAAUAUUUCAGAGAAGAUGUACAAUCUAGAAAGUUUCUUGAAACCUGGAAGGCAUGCAGUGAUGAAUAAUAUCAUUGAGUAUUUUAGGUAAUUGUAAUAUCGAGGGAGAAGAUGAUAACUGGGAUUUUGGGACUGGGGCCGGAUUCUAUGUCGAUGCUACAGAAGACAAAUGGAAAAAGCAUUACAGAAUGUAUUCUUACAUUGCCAAAGAGGUUGGUUUUGAAUCCGUUGUAAAAUUUUAAAAUGUUAACAAACUAUUGUUCUACAAUACAGCCAGUGUAGAACGCUCUGAAUGGUUUAUCAUGGAAUUAAUAAUUAUUUAUCGCUCCCUGCAUAUAUUAAACCACCAUCGGCAAACUGUUUGUGAGGUUGAGCUCGGUUUUCUGUGCUGCCGAAUACUACAAGACCAGUCAAAGCCUUUAUGGCAUAAUUAUGGUUUAUGUGCCCGGUUGUUAGCACAUAGUUCCUUUCUGUCGUUAGCUUCCAUCGCUUGUGAAUGCCAAUUUUCCCGCUAUUGAAGGUCAGAUGUCAAUAUUUGGACACAGGUUGGAUUUUAUAUUUUCUUUCAAGUUUUUUUUUACAUUACGCUCUGAAUUUUACUUAUGCUCGGAAACAUCAGGAAGUAAUCUUAUAGAGUAUAUGAAUGUGAGAUCAACUAUAUAGAAAUACACACAAGGGCAGAUAUCCAAGUUCUACCUGCUCUGUAAACAUGUCAUCGUUGUUAAAUACCAUAAAAAUGUGUUUUAUCAGUAGGACAUUUUACAUUUCAAUAUUGUAAAAUUUAUAAUUUCAUUUUUGUAGCAUGGGUGGCCAUGGUGCUUUGAUCGCUUUUCUCAAAAAUCCUGGUUUAUACAAGGUUGGAUAUAUAGUCUGGAUAUAUUUUACGAGGGAAGUUUAGGAACCUUCUCAAGUUCUCUGUUAACAGAAGGUUGUAAAUGAUUUAUUUUCCCACGCGGUGCACCAUGAUCAACAUCGAUGACUUAUUAGUUAGAACAAUAAACGUUAGGGUAAAAGGUUUUGAUUAUGUGAUUGCGUGAAGAACAAGAAAAACUGUGUGUAUGAACGUCUUCUUGUUACGAAAUUUUCAAACUUAAUUUGAUCUAAGUGAUAAUACAACACACACCUUCAUUUGGUCAAUCAGUUUGACCUCCAUUGCUCUUUUCGCCCUAGGAGGUCGAGGCUUUGUACGUUUUGAUCUUCACGCAGAGGACUGCAACGUCAAUCAUGACGUAGUUGUUUGUUUGACUGUAUUUAUAAUUUAAUCUUUAGUCUGUCUCAGCAUUUGCACCCAUCUGUAAUCCCAUGAACUGUCCCUGGGGACAAAAAGCAUUCAGUGGUUAUCUUGGAAGUAAUAAAGAAUCAUGGAAGGUAUUAAACAGAAUUGCCAUAAUUAACUGACGUAUAUACCUGCACUGUCGCUAUCUUCAAGACCAAUAUUUUCCCCGUGUAACGCGAAAUUUGUAAUGUGUCGUGAAAUGCCCCAGCCGUGAAUGCGGUAAUUGAGACAAGCACGAGUAGUGAGAACGUCAAAACGAGCAAUACUUUGGUGGAUGUAAAAUCGUAUCUGCAGUACGCUGUACGAAAGUAUUUGUUUCUUUUAAGGAAUAUGAUGCUUCAGAAUUGAUGAAAACGUACAAAGGACCAAAACCUGAGAUUCUUAUUGACCAGGUGAGGCCGUAAUUUUCAGUUUUUUCAAGAUACUAAGUAACUAAACUAAUAGUAGCCAAUAUGUUUUGUUUCACUGCAGGGAUUGGCAGAUAAUUUUUAUGACGUAAAGCAACUUCUUCCUGAAACAUUUAAGAAAGUUUGUGAGGAAGUGAAUUAUCCAUUAAACCUGCGAAUGCAUGAAGUAAGUACGUGUAACUAGCUUGUAGUUUUAUUUUCAUAACUUUUAUUAGCUACGCUAGUAAAGUUUAAUUGUUUAUGCCUGUUGCGUUUGACACACGUAAGGUAUGUAUCAUCAUACACAGUUAAUACGCGCUUGAUAUACGCGUGUCAAAUACGUAUGAUAUCCAAUUGACCACUUGCGUAAUAGACUAAAUUUUGAUCUAGACAAGUCUAGACAAAAAUUGCAUCACAGCUUUAAAGAGCAUCACAAAAUUAGUAAUAUUCCAAAGUUUCGUUGCGAAAUGUUGUAAAAUGCGGAUAAUAUAGCCUUGCGAAGUUUGCCGUUUUUCAGUCAUUUUCUAUUACAAACGGGAAAUUGACAGCCCUAAAGGGUAUUGGGCUGUCAAUUUCCCCCGCGUAUUGCAAAAUGACUGAAAAACGGCAAACUUCGCAAGGCUAUAUUAUCCGCCUUUUACAACAUUUCGCAACGAAACUUUGGAAUAUUACUUAUUUUGUGAUGCUCUUUCAAGCUGUGAUGAUAUUUUUAUCUAAACUUGUUGAGAUCAAAAUUUAGUCUAUUACGCAAGUGGUCAAUUGAUACGCGUUACGCCGUUAGAAACGCGUGUAUCAUGUCCGUGAGCGGCACUGUAUGUUGUUAGUUUGUUGUUGCUGCUGUUUUUGUUGUUGUUGCUGCUGUUUUUGUUGUUGGUGUUUGAACGCCCAAAUCUAUGGAAUGCCAUGUGUCCAAAAAUUAUUUAACGUUAAUUAUAUCAUAUUAUGACCAAAAGUGUCAUAUAUAAAUAAUUGAUAAACAAACAGAUAUUAUAUCAUAUCAUUACUUAUUCGUUUUUGUCAUUAUUUGAUAUAAUGUUAUUAACAUUAAACACUUUUUCGUCAAAGCCAUUUAAUAACAGACCUGAAGGUCUGUCAUAUAAUCGAUGUCAUAUCUCUAGUUUAGUACAUGUUAUCAUUGGAAAUCCUUACUAUGGAAAUAGUGUGGAUCUUCGUUGGAAUUAGCAGGGAAAUCCAAUUUUCAUACUAAUUGCAAUUUUCUUACUAUGGAUAUAGUAUGGAUAUACAAUGGAUUUAGUGAUGGAAUUGCGAAUUUUAUGGUAUGGAUUUCCCUGACAGUGUAUAAAUACCAAAAUACCACCAUUUGAUUUUGCAUUAAAAUCUAUUGAAAAAACUUUUUUGGCUUACCAUGCAGUGCAAACGAUUUCUCUCGUGGUAUAUUUCGAUUGUAUACAGGGUGUCUCAAAAAAAAAACGCUAUGGAAAUUCAACAGGCUGUCGUGCAUCAUAAACUUAGCUAAACAAUUCAAAUUUUACAUAGGACGAAAGAGUUGUUAUUUAGCUUUUCUAUGAUACCUUUUUGUAUCUGCGCAAUAUAUUGUCGUCGUGUUGUAACUGUUAGCUUGUAGCCAAUCAGCGCGACUCAGAAAAUUAUGUCAUUCAGGCUGCUCCCGCACUGUUCUAGAACAUUUGGAACACUGCUCUGGAACGAUAUAAAAUGGAGUGCAUACGGUGUUCUGGAACAGUGUUGAGUUUAUUAUAUAUGCGUGCAACCAUGCAUUACUAUAUUCAUUAGUUAUUCGCAUAAUAAGCGUAUAAUGAUUCGCUGUUAUUUGUACAUCUACGUAUGUUUUUGCAACGUUUUUACUCGUUGAUUUUGCCCAACCCUGGCUGUCAAAUAGCAUAUAAUAAGUAUAUGUCGAAAUAUAGCGGUUAACGCUUCAAAAUAAUGCUCUAUGUGCAUUGGAUACACAAAUGUCGCCUCCAUUUCCAGUGACGUGAAAAGAGGCAGUGUCACGUGUCUGUUCUGGCUGCCCCCUACUCGAAAAUUGGGGUAGUCAGAACAGUUCAGAACCGUCAUGUGACUCUCUUCUGUUCCAUUCCAUUAGUGUUCCGAAAAUCCGGAGUACAGUACUCCGAACAGUAAAUGUACUACUAUUUCGAAUUCAUGAAAUAAUGCUUAAUGUUAAUAACAUCAAAUAAUGACAAACACGAAUAAGUCCUGAUUUGAUAUAAUAUCGAUAUCUGUUCGUUUAUCAAUUAUUUAUAUGUAAUGACAUUUUUAGUCAUGAUAUAUAAUUAAUGUUAAAUAAUUUUUUGACACAUGGCCAUUCAAAUCGUAAUCUUUUACACAUUUGUUUUUAGGAAUAUGAUCACAGUUAUUAUUUCAUCUCCACAUUUCUGGAAGAUCAUGUGAAACACCAUGUAAAAUAUCUUGAAUGUUAAUACGUAGCAUUGUGGAAAACAACUGCAAUACCAUUGCAAUACGUAGUAUUGUGGAAAACAACGGUGUAUGUCGUUAAAUUAGAAAAAGUUGAAAUAUAUAAUAUUUUAGUAUAUUCA